AUGGAUGGCCUCGGGGAUGGGACCGACGGCAUGGGCUUCGAUAUGCCCAUGCUGAUGAACCAACAGCCCCAUCUCUUCGGCGCCUACAACAAUAACGACGGUUCCCCGAUCACCUCCGCCCUCCCCAACCCGACUUUCAAUGAUGACUCCGGCAUGGGCUUGGGCGACGAUAACAAUGACCCGAAACGAAGAAGGAUUGCGAGGGCUUGCGACAUGUGCCGGAAGAAGAAGAUCAAAUGCGAUGGCAAAAUGCCCAAGUGCUCGCACUGCAUCAAUUACAAGACGGAAUGUGUCUUCACUCAGGUUGAAAAGAAACGCAACCCGCCGAAAGGUGCGAAAUACAUCGAAGGCCUGGAAAAUCGAUUAGGGCGAAUGGAAUCGCUACUACGACUGUCCGGUCUGUUGUCGGAGGAUGAUGGUGGGAAGACCGACCUGGGAACUUUGGAGAAACGGUUGGCCGAUAGGUCUUUUGCGGCCGGGCAAAUGAGUGCCAUGAAGAGUCCCAACAAAUUUAAUGCAUCGAGCUCGGCCGCCCAAUCGCAGCAGACCACCACCUCCCGCCACUCGACCCCUCGCAUGGAUUCGCACUCCAGUCCGCGUACGGCUGCGACUUCCCCAGAUUCGACCAAGGAAUCGGAAACCGAAGUCGAGGGCCUGUCGGACAUGAUGUGCUCCCUCGUGACCAACAACUGUGGAGAGACGCGGUAUAUUGGAUCAUCAUCGGGAUUUUCGAUAUUUUCUCCCAAGGGUAUUCAGUGGGUCAAUGAGAAGACAGGAGACACGUCGUUCCAGGAUAUGAUAUCAUCGGCCUACGUCGACGACAACAAGUGGAUGUAUUGGAAGCCCGAGAUUUUUAGUGACAUUUUUGCGCGGCGCGUCUUUAAACCUCUACCCCCGAAGGAGGAAGCGCUGUCGCUUUUCCGAGAUUUCUUCGAGAACUUCAAUUGCAUGUUCCCGUUGUUUCAUGAACCGACUUUCAUGCAUCUGGUGGAACGUCAGUAUUCCCGUGACCCAUACGAAGGUUCGGGCUGGUGGGCCAGCAUCAACGUGGUCCUUGCGAUAUCCCACAGGCUACGGGUGAUGAGCAAUUUGGUUCCUCAGGAGGAGGACAAGAAAGCAUGGCUCUAUCUGAAAAAUGCCAUGGGAGUUUUGACCGAACUCACUAUGCGCAAUACUGAUCUGCUUAGUGUGCAAGCAUUACUCGGAAUGUCUCUCUUCCUUCAAGGAACCCCAAAUCCCCAACCCUCAUUUUUCUUGGUCGCAGCCGCCAUUAGACUGUCGCACAGCAUUGGUCUUCACAAAAGAGGCUCAGGAUUUGGAUUGAACCCGGUCGAAGUUGAGCAGCGGAAAAGAGUUUUUUGGAUUGCCUAUCUCCUUGACAAAGACAUUUGCCUUCGGUCUGGUCGCCCUCCCGUUCAGGAUGACGAUGACAUGAAUGUCGAGCUACCGAGCGAAGACCCGCCGGACAACAUUGGAAAUGUGCCAUUGUCAGAUGGAAGGAGCAAGUUCAACUUGUUCCGGUCAAUGUGUCGAUUUGCCACCAUCGAGAGUCAGGUUUAUAAACGCCUUUAUUCCGCCAGGGCAUCGAAACAAUCCGACGGCGAGCUGCUGAACACCAUUGGAGAACUGGACAAGGAGCUUGAAGAGUGGAAGGACAGCAUUCCUCUCGACUUCCGUCCGGAACACGAAAUAAAAGCCACACAUACCCCUCUCAUUCUUCAUGUUGUGGUGCUCCAUUUUGCCUACUACAACUGCUUGACCACAAUACACCGUAUGUCUGUUCAUCACGGGUAUUGGACAAGCCGGCUCUCCAACUAUGCCAUUCAAGGUCUGAACGCCAGGCCUCUGAACCCAAGAGUCUUCCUAUCGGCCGUGCUCUGCGUGACAGCAGCCAGAGCUUCGAUCAAUUUGAUCAAAUACAUUCCCCAGGGCGACUUUGCUUGCGUCUGGUUGAUUCUCUACUAUCCUGUAUCUGCACUGGUCACCUUGUUUGCCAAUAUUCUCCAAAAUCCCAAUGAUGCCCGGGCUCGGUCUGACGUCAAACUCAUGAAUGUUGUGGUAAACUUCCUAUCAACGCUGGUCUCAGACGAGUCGAAUGGGAGUAUCAAGCGCAUGCUUGGGCUAUGUGGCGAAUUUGAAAGGAUCGCCCAGGUGGUUCUUGACAAGGCCGAGCGAGAGUCACAUUCCAAGAAGAAACGCAAGACCACCGCGGACGACACCCGCAACUUACAGCAGAAUACCCCCGACGAAACCUCCCAUCCCUCUCCAUCCACACCCAAACCAGCAGGCGCUCCACCCACGGCUCCCCCAUUCUCGUCUUCUAUGUUCUCAAGCGGCUUAGGUGAAACGGGUCCCAACAUCUCAAGUGAGGCGAGGGCCUUUGCCUCCGGCCAGGUUUCCGGAACUAAUGGACUUUCUUCCAAUUUACCAGACAGCCUGAAUCCUAUGACUGGGCUGGGUCAGGAGUUCCCGGACAUGCUCAGCCCUCCAGGCUUGGAUGGUGUGGGCUUCGGUGAUCCGCCGCCCUUCACGACAUCUGCCGAAGCUCCGAUGACGUCUUUCCAACAACCUUUUGUUCCGCAAGAUCUUUGGCAGAUGCCAAUGACCAUCGAGUGGGACUGGGCGGAUAUGUCAACCAGCUUCCCCGUGUUUGACGCCGGCGGCCCGUCGCAGAACGAUUAG